AAAAACAAUCCUAAAAUGACCGACUCAAUGGAAGGCAGUUAUAAAUAUAUGGAAGAACAUAUAGACAAACUUGCUAUUAAUCAAAAUAAUUUGCUGAACAAAUUUGACGUUCUCUCUCGAAGUGUUGAUGAACUAAAGAGUAUUGUAUCGCAAUUUUCGGAGAAGAUCUCGGGUCUUGAUGAAGUGUCGGCUGAUAGAAGAAGAAUUAAGACUGAAUUGAAACAUCUAAAAAGCAGAGUAGACGAGCUAUAUAAGAUUGCUAAGGAGGUUAAAGAAGAUGAUUCUACAAAAAGUGAUUUGCAAGAUGUUGAGUCGUGUCAUUCUGGAUUUUCAUGUUCUUCAAAGGUAACGAUGACUACAGGUUUGGAUCGAGACACAAUACGGUCGGCCUACGACGACGUGAGGUCCGACGGCUCACCCACAGAAUGGGCUGUAUUCAAGUUUGACGGCGCGAGGAUAGUGUGUGCCGCGCGAGGGAGCGACUUCACAGAGUUCCGGACUCAUUUCGCCGAUGACGAGAGAGCUUUUGGUUAUUUGAGGUUACAAAUGGGUGAUGAGAUGUCCAAACGGAAGAAAUUCAUGUUUGUAACAUGGGUUGGGCCCAAUGUGUCUGUCAUCAACCGAGCCAAAAUGUCCACGGACAAAGCCAUUAUCAAAGACAUCAUAUCGAAUUUUGCAGUGGAACUACAAUUGGAGAGCCAGUCUGAAAUUGAUAUAGAUCAAUUCAAAGAUGCUUUGAACAGGGCCGGGGGAGCAAAUUAUGGCACAGGCGUUAGGGAUUUAUGAAUUGAUAAAAUUUAUGAAUUUACUCAGACCACAUACUUAUGACUGAUUUUAUUUAUAAAAAAUAUACACUUUCGUAAUUAUACAGUAUUUUUUGAUUAACUUGCGUAAAUUGUAAGAUGUGGUUUAAUUUUGGAUAAAUUCUCGUAGUCUUAGUGUAGGUACUGUAAAUUGUUUUAAAAUGAGAUAUUGCUUUUAUUAAUAUGGUACUUCUCGCAAUCGUUUUACUGAUAAUAAUUUAUUUUUUAACAUAGCACUUCUUAAUUUUUGUUUUGAAAAUGUAAAGCUUAUUUAAAUUCUUAUUAUUUACAUUGUUUUUUGUUUAAGUACCUCAUUUUCAACGAAGGCUUUUGCCCAUACAUGCGAUUGAUUUUAAAAUUAUGAGUUGCCAUACUCGAAACAAAUACAUACUUGAAAAUGUUAAGUACGAACCUGUCAUUGAGGUUUUAUUAUUCUUUCAUAACAUGUAUGGACUGUAAAACCAUUUUUUAUGAAUUGUCGUCAAUAAAUACAACUGAAACUA